AUGUCCAUGGCGUUGAGCCGCCUCACGCAAUGGCUGUGGCCGGGUGGCGCGGCGGCGCGGGUGGCGGCCACCCACGAGCACCCCAGCGGGGGGCUGACGAGCUCCUCCUUCCCGGACUUCCCCUCCGGGUUCCGGGAGCCCGAAACCGUCACGUUCUACACCGGCGGGGGCGCCGGCGGCCGCCGCGCGCGCCCGAGGAGGGUCAGGAACCGCCGCCGCAGCCGCGGGGAGGCCCGUGUCGACCGGGAGUACGACAUGGUCAUCGUCCCGUCCGACGGCGGUGGGUGCCUGUCCGGCUCCGACUCGGACGACUCCGACUGGUCCAUCGGCUGGCUUGAGCCACAGGCGCCGGAGCUGCAGACGGACGGCGACCCCGAGAACUGCUUCGCCGUCCUCGUGCCAUGCUACCGCCACGGCCGCCAAGAGCAGGAGCCCCGGAGGCACGAGGGCAGGUUUCUUGGCGCCGGCGCCCUCACCGAUGGUGGUCUCCCUGAUGGAAAGAAUUUUGUAGAGCAGUGGCUUUCUUCUCUCCAGAACUAA